AAAAGAAAGAGGAGUCAACAGAAAAAAAUGUUGACAACUGUCAGAAGUGCCCUUUCUGGUGCUGAAAUACGGUAACCAGCAAGAGAUUACGGUAAAUCACAACAGGGACCGUAGUGCUGCCUGCAUCGGCUCCUACAGCACAGUAAAGUUACUGCUUCUCCUUGACAGUCGAGCAGGGGAGCAUUAUUCACCGAGGAAGAGGGAGGCAUCAUAAAACCAGCACUCAGCCACCCUUAGCCAUUGGGACAGAGGGAAUUCAUGUAAUUCAAAGUGUCCCACUGUGCCAUUCGGAUGACUGCCUGUGAUUCGUCCCCUUUCAACCAGCCUGCAACAGGAGGCUUUCAGGAGCUUGAAGGAAGAAAGAUCUCAACUGUCAAGCAGAAGAGCACAGAUCACCAUCUCCUCCGAGUUCCUAGCAGGUCAAUAACCAUUGUUUGUUAAAAGGAUGAUAUGCUGGGUCAAGGUAUCACAACUUUAGAAUUAUUACAGCUUCUUUGGCAACUUGGAAUCAUAAAGUUAGUCAUGGAUGAAAAGACUAGACGUUGAGAAGUGUCAGCCAGAGUGACAGACAGCAAUCUUCUUUCACCUGGGAAGAUUUUUCAAAUCAAAUACGAAGAAGACAUAAGAAAGAGGAAAGAAUACUCUGCUAUUAUUUGCGCUGCAUCUUUCCAUGAAGAACUUUUAAACAGUCUGGAAGUUGAUGGCCUUUCUACCACUGCAAUUUUCCUUGCUUAGUCACAAAAAGCAUCUUGUGGCUCAAUGGGUAUUAUUUUAAAAACUAAACAGCAACUAAGAAAAGGGUCUUUAGCUCAAUCUUUAAUAUGGUUUCAUCAUCAAACGUCCAGCAAGGUAUGGUAAACUUCAAAGAAACUGUUCCAAAGAGAACCAUUAUAAUUGCUUUGGAAUUAUUUAUGGGACAAGAAACGCCUGUGUUUUUUCUUCAGAGCAAAUGCAAAAGAAGAAAUGUGGAUUUUCAAAUAUGUUCAUUAGUCUAGGGUUUUGCUCUCUCCUCUGCAUUUAUAAAGAAGCCAGACUAGUAUUUCCAAUUAGUUUCUAUCUACAAUGUGGAAAUAAAGCUUCUCCCAACACUACCAAAUAUUUGCUCUUGGCUCUUUCAAAAAAAGGGCAGAGAGAACCACAAACACACUGGAUGAACAUUAACCAGUUUUGAUAAUGGGACUGACCUCUGAGAAUAUCUCUGCUCCUGAGUGCUUCAAUUGCACCCAGACUGUGGAGCAAGUAAAUAUUUCCAAGGCCAUAUUAUUAGGAGUCAUCUUUGGAGGUCUGAUUGUUUUUGGGGUCCUGGGCAACAUUGUGGUUAUCCUUUCAGUAGCCUGUCACAAACAUCUACAAAGUGUAACCCAUUACUACAUUAUCAACUUGGCUGUGGCUGAUCUCCUCUUGACUUCUACUGUUCUCCCCUUUUCUGCUAUUUUGGACAUUCUGGGCUACUGGGCUUUUGGGAGGAUCUUCUGCAACCUCUGGGCAGCUGUUGACGUUCUGUGCUGCACAGCUUCCAUCAUGAGCCUUUGUGUCAUCUCUAUAGACCGAUAUAUUGGAGUAAGUUACCCACUGAGAUACCCAGCCAUAGUCACCGAAAAAAGAGGCCUCUUGGCUCUGCUGUGUGUGUGGGCAUUGUCACUUGUGAUAUCCAUAGGUCCCCUCUUUGGCUGGAGACAACCAGCUCCAGAAGAUGAAAAAAGCUGCCAGAUCAACACUGCCCCAAGUUAUGUCUUGUUUUCUGCUCUUGGAUCCUUCUAUCUCCCCCUGGUCAUCAUACUGGUGAUGUAUUGCCGGGUAUACAUGGUAGCCAGAAGGGAAAGCAAAGGAUUGUCAUGUGGCCUGAAGACUGAGAAGUCCCGUUCAGAAGAAGUGACUCUCCGCAUCCACCGCAAGAACAACACUGAAGCUUCAGGAGCUACCCCUUCCACCAAGCACAAAUCCAAUUUUUCCGUAAGGCUUCUAAAGUUCUCUCGGGAGAAGAAAGCAGCCAAAAGCUUGGGAAUAGUUGUGGGAUGUUUCAUCCUGUGUUGGCUUCCUUUCUUUGUAAUCAUGCCAAUUGGUUCUUUCUUUCCCAACAGCAAGCCCUCCGAAACCAUUUUUAAAAUUGCCUUUUGGCUUGGGUAUAUAAACAGCUGCAUCAACCCCAUCAUUUACCCUUGUUCGAGUCAAGAGUUUAAAAAAGCAUUCCAAAAUAUCCUAAGAGGCCAGUGUCUCCACAGGAAGUAUUCCUCCAACAAAUACUCCCUGAGCUUCACCCUCAAUCACCCAAGCAACCAUGUUCCUGAAGCUCCCAAAGAUAUUGUACGUAUACCUGUUGGCUCUGGAGAACACUUCUAUAAGAUUUCCAAAUCGGAUGGCGUGUGUGAAUGGAAACUUUUUUCAGCCAUGCAGAGCAUGUCAACCAAGAGCAAUGCUUUGAAAGAGGGGUCCAGCUGUUCUACGGCCAAAGUGAAGAGCAAAGGUUUCCUGAGAGAGUGCUGCUGUGCAAACACAUCAGGAGAAAACCCAAAGGACCAGCAAAUACCCUCCAUUAAAAUACAUACUGUCUCCAUCAGUGAAAAUGGAGAAGAUGUUUAAAGACUUUCCAUCAUUUUGAUGGGAGUUCUGCACUUUUACAGUGUGUUUUCAUGGUUUGAAAGGUCUGCAUUUUCAAUGGGUCACAAGAGCAGGGCAAAUAAAGUUCAGAUCAGGCCAACCUCUGUAGAGAUGGAAACCAUGGGAAGACUUCCAUCCAUGCUGUUCCAUUGGAUUCUAUGGGAAGUAGAACGGGGGUCCCUGUGGGGCUGGAUGAAUUCUGAUUAUUCAGAUUUGAUUUCUUAUUCUUUUAAAGGUUUUGUUGUAUCUUGUUAUUUUAAUUCAAGUUAUCUAGCCUUUCGUUUUGUAAUGAUCAGUGGAGUAAAAACAUUCUUGUAAUAUAUCCUACAACAGAGAACCAUUAAUAUAUGUUCCAGCUUUCAUUGCAAGUGCUUUUCUUUAGUUGUCAGCUUUUUUUUAUUAUUACAACUAACUCUGCAUUGUGAAGAUAAAUUUGACCAGGCUGCAGUGUAGGCUAAUAGAGAAAUUUGGGAGGGAGGGAUAUGACAUGACGUGACCCUCACCUUUUUAUUAAUGGAAUGAUUGUGGUCUUGUGAAAUUGUGAGUACCAUCAAGGCUCAAUUGAUGCAAUGGGAGCUUAUAGCUAAGCCAUGACUCCAAUUUUUACUUUUUAAAGUUUGAAUGUAGCUGUCUUUCCCCAAACAGGUUUAGCUAUACUGCUGAGUUGUAUUGAGUUCAUGCCAAUUUAAUUUAUGCCUUCCCAUCAAGAAUGCUGAGAACUAUAAUGCAUUUUGAGUGUUCAAAAUUGUCUUUUUCCACCUUAGACUCAAUAGAGUAACUUUGGGAAAAGAGGGUUGCUAUUAAAUUUGUUAAUAUUUGUAGUAUAGCUAGGGCACAGAGCUUUCUUUCAAUUGACUUUAGCUACCAUAAAUUAAAUUGCUUUCCCUGAGAUUACCAAACCAUAAAUCAAUCCUCUACAAAUUGGAUGAAAUCAUUCAUCUAUCAGUUACUUAUUUUCUAUGAGAAAUUUUCCUCAUGAGUAUACUAUUAAAAAAAGGAAUGCAGUACUUUCUCGUUAAUCCAGAUUAUUUGAAUUUGGUUUAUAGUUCUAAAUCAACCAGGAAAUCAUGGCAAUGCAAAGUUCUGAAUGUUUUCAAUUUAUGAAUGGACGCCAGUACAAUAAAACCUCAUUGUCUUCUAUUAUCGUAGUUUCAGCAUUGGAAAAUUAUCCUCAUUCAUAAAAAGUUGUAUAGAAUAUUCCUCAACGCUCAGAUUAAUGAGAAGUCUUCAAUUCAUGUGAAACUCUUGGCAGGCUCAUGUAUUUAUAUUUCACACGUUGUCUCCUGGAAAAUCAAGCGGUGAGUGAACAGGUAAUGGGACCAUUAGAAAUUAAAACAGAGUAGACUGGAUCUAGGCAAAUUUAGUAACAGACUACAUUCAGAUACUACAUUAAACAUUGUGGUCUUAGCUUCAAUUUAAGGUGUUGCUUAAACCCAGCUAUAGUUUAGGUAAAUGUAUGAGCCUAGUCACAUACAUUCAUUUAUUUUAACCAUUACUAACUUGGGAGCCACAGAUUUUGAUGGGAACAAACCAAAAAUAACAUGGCAAUUCUUACCAGCAAUAGUAAACAAUAAUAUAUAGAUCAGAAUAACAGAGUUGAAAAGGACCUUGGAGGUCUUCUAGUCCAACCCCUUAUUCAAGCAGGAGACCCAGUACCAUUCCAGAUAAGUGGCUGUCCAGUCUCUUCUUAAAAGAUGGUGCAUCCACAACUUCUAAAGGCAAGUUACAGUAAUUGUUCCCAUUGUUAGGAUAUUUCUCCUUAGUUCUAGGUUGGUUCUCUCCUUGAUUAGGAUAUUUCUGGAUUCUUAGAACUUUAGGGCAGUAUAACAAGUGACACAGGAUUAGGAAAUGCAAUUUAAAUUAAUCUGAAUCCAGUCAAACUAUUUUUAAUGAAACCAUUCACGCUGCCCAGGAUUAUUCAAGGAAAAAUAAAGCAUAAGAUGAAUUGUCCCAUGUGUGUUAUCUGUGUGCAUGCAAGAUUGAGGCUGUUGUGCCCUGUUAUUUGGGAUUGCUAAAUCAUUUUUUUUUCCUGGUGACAUCAAUUUAUUAUCGAUUAAUAUUAAUCCAAGAUCAAAGAAUGUUUUCAUUUCUCAGCAAUUUUCUAUUGCUAUAGUGUCAAAGGAUUACACGGAAUGAAUUACCCAAAAUAAUCACAAGUGUAAUAGGAAUUAGCCUUCUGUCCUUUUUGCUACAGCCUCGUGCUCCAGUUCUGCUCUGGGUUAUAUACCAAUUCUCAAGAGGAGAAGAAAUGGUACAAUUUUUAAAAAGGAGACAUCUUGUCCACCCGAAGUAUCAAAUAGAAAGGAAGUUCAUGUCUUAAGUGUCUCUCAGGAAGUAACUAUUGUAGAAAUUUCCCAGGACCAAACUGGAAUUGACUGAGUGGUAAUGUUCACAUGGGAAGUUUACCCAUGGAAUGUUACAUUCCUUUUUUUAAUUUAUUUAUUUUUUUCAUUUAAUUUUCCUGCAUGCUUCUUCUGUUUAUACUGAUGUCCUGCAAACCAAGCAGAAAGUACUUAGAAAGUGGAUUAAAAACUGCUUAAAAUCCUAGCUUUUCCAUUUUAUUUUAUUUUUUUCCACUCAGGUCAUUACAGAAUCACCUGGUGCUACUAUUUUCAUGCUGGAAAGAUUUAGUAUAGAAUCUUCUUAUACAUCUUUCUUGCUUGCCUGCAGUGCUAAUUUGCUAGCAGAUGGGGUGGAAAUGCUUCUAGACUUUAUGAUACAGAAGAGAAAAUGUUGACUGUAGGUAUGGCUGUAGCCUAUGAACCUGACCUCUGUUUGCAAACAUUUAGUAAAAAAGGACUCACUGCAGAUUUUAUUCUGCUAAUCACUGCCAACUAUAGGGGCUGGUGCUCAUUUCCAUUUCAAGGACAUUGAGCCAGCGCUGUCAAAAGAAAUUUCUGUGGUCAUGUGGCCAGCAUGAUGUCAUGGAGCAUUAUUACCUUCCUACCAAAGUGGUACCUAUUUAUGUACUUGCAUUUGCAUGCUUUGGAACUGCUAGUUUGGCAGGUGCUGAGACGGAAAAUAGGAGCUCACCCCAUCAUGUGGCACUCAGGUCUCAAACCUAGGCUGCCAGCUGUCCAGCCGACAAGCCCAGUAUCUUAACAGAUAAUCUAAAAUGCUGAUUUCUGUCCAAAAUCUAAAUUGGGAACCAGAGUCUACCAUUAUUGUUUUAUAAUGUCCUGUGGCUGUGUAUGUAACAGUGCAUUGGAAAUAGAAAUGGAUCUCUAUUCAAAAUGCUGCAAUACAGGCUAAACAAUUGUAUUAUUAUUUUUUUUCCUGGUUGGCAUUUUCAUGAUGGAAACUACUAUAUUGUGAGCACAGUAAAAAAAAAUUGUGAGAAACUUCA